AGAUUUUGUACUGUUGGUUUAACUGUUGCUAAGCGACAAGAAUUAAUCUGUUUUGUAUAAAACUACAUUAAUCUAGUUUAACCGUGCAUGGAAGAGGAAUAUUGUUAGGGUUCAACAAGCGUCUAUCUUUCUUACCUUUUCAUUUUUGUUUUUCUUUUCUUUUUGUUCUUGGUCCUUUUAUUUUAAUUUUAUAAACCUUUUUUUGUUUUAAGGCCUUUAUUUUAAAUAAUUUUCUUUAAAUGAUAGUUUAUUUUACUCUAUUUUUUCUUUUUUUAUGGUCCUUUACAUUCAAAUGACAUUCUUUUUAUUUUUAUAUAUUAAUACUUUAAGUUUAUUUUAUUGCUUUCUUCUCAUCGUAGUUCAUUUAAACAUUGUAUUCUUUGUUACUUUGUCUCUUUUCUUUAAAAAAAAAAAAAAAUCAUUGGGAUUUGUUUUUAAGCCACGUUAUUUUCUUUCACGCUUUUAAUAUACUGUUUUGUUUUUGUUUUUUUUGUAAAAUCACGGUUUUAUUUACUGUAUUUAUUUCUCUCUUUCUGUUCCUUUCCGUCAGGAUCGUUUUAUGGCCUUUUAUUUUCUUCUCUUCAUGUUUGUUUGUCUUUACAUUUUGUUUUCUUUCCUGUAUUUUAUGUCCUUUUUUUUAAAAAAAAAAAAAUCCUUAUUUUUUAAAUUUUUUUACAUCUCCUUUCUUCAUAUUUUUAUUUUGCAAUUCUAUUUUCUUUCCUAGAUGUCUUCCUCUCCUCCUCUUCUCUAUUGGUUUCUGGCGUGUCUCCUCUCUAUCCUCCAGAUGGUGCUCCAUUCUCAGCUCUGUCCUUUCUCCCCCCAAAAAACCUUAAACUCUGGCAAUCUGAACACAUGUACAACUACAAAUUCGGUUAACGGAGCUGGUGUGUGUGUGUGUGUGUGCGCGCGCGCGCAUAUGUGUGUGUGUGUGUGUGUGUGUGUGUGUGUGUCAGAUGACCACAAACUUUUUCCAUUGCGCCUCAAAUCUUCCGAAUGGAUGGAAAGCGCCACAUUUAGGCCUGCACUCCAUCAAAAAAGCUUUGUCUAACACACUUCCCUUCAGUCUCGUCCCUCGGGCUCUGUUUUUAUCAUGAUUUGAAGGCUCUUUCUUCCUUUCGCAGACGCAGAAAGAAAGAAGGAAAGCUCAGGUAAGACUGCAGAGCUUUUUCUUUAAAGCCAGAGGAGUGGAAGACGCUUCAGUGUUUUUAAUAAAGAAUGUAGUGAAGUUUAGUUGAGGCUGAAACUGCCUGCUAGACUCUGUAAAUCUACUGGAUUAAAGGAACUUCUGUUGCUGCUUCUUUUUUCUCUUUUUUGCUAUAAAAUGGAAUGAAUGUCCUUUUUUUUUUUUUUUUUUUUUUUUAAAUUUUUUAAUUUUUUUUAAAAAGAGAACUCUUUAUUAUUUGACAGGACGAAGAGGAAGAAAGGAAAAUAAACGUUUUAAAACAAAAAACUUUGUUAGAACUGACAAAUUGAUGAAGUGGUGCUGAUUUUGACGAGACGCCCGUGCCCUUGUUUGAAUCAUGGGUGACUGGAGCACCUUGGCGAAGCUUCUCGAUAAGGUGCAGGUGUACUCGACGGCUGGAGGCAAGCUCUGGCUCUCCGUCCUCUUCAUCUUCCGCAUCCUGGUGUUGGGAACUGCUGUGGAGUCGGCGUGGGGCGACGAGCAGUCGGCGUUCGAGUGCAACACGCAGCAGCCGGGCUGUGAAAACGUCUGCUACGACAAAUCCUUCCCCAUCUCGCACGUACGCUUCUGGGUUCUGCAGAUCAUCUUCGUCUCUGUGCCGACGCUCCUCUACCUCGGCCACGUGCUCUUCCUCAUGCACAAGGACGAGAAGCUGAAGAAGAAGGAGGAGAGGCUGAGGAAAGCCGAGCGGGAAGGGAGCAACGUCCACGCUCGCCUUCACAAGAUCCAGGCCAAGAAGUUCAAGUACGGUUUAGAGGAACCUGGAAAGAUCAAAAUGAGAGGAGCCUUGUUUUACACCUACAUCGUAAGCGUGGUGUUGAAAUCGGUAUUCGAGGUGGCGUUCUUGCUCAUACAGUGGUACCUUUACGGAUUCCGUUUAUCAGCCGUUUACACGUGCGAGAGGUUCCCCUGCCCGCAUAAAGUGGACUGCUUCCUGUCUCGUCCCACGGAGAAAACCGUGUUCAUCAUGUUCAUGCUCGUGGUGUCCUUAAUCUCGCUGGCUCUUAAUGUCUUCGAGUUUUUCGCCGCCAUCUUCAAGAGGAUGAAGGAUCAUUUCAGAGAGGCCGAGAAGCUGCUGGACAUGGAGAGCACGAUCAGGCCGUGUCGUGGAGAGGACAUGUCCAGCUACGGGUACCGCUGCUCGGCUCCUGCGUCUAACCUGGGCUACAAUUUAGACACGGCCGAUAAAUCCAACUCCUCGGAUAAUUUUGACAAACAGGCCAACGAGCAGAACUGGACGAACUACAGCACGGAGCAAAAUCAGCUCGGCCAGAGAGAUUAUUGCCCGUCUCAGACGUUUGUGUAUCCUCAGAAAAUGCCUCUAGGUAAAGACCUCCUGCUUCUUAAACAGCUCGACCCUCGACCCCAGAGUCGCUCUAGCAGUCGUGCCCGGCCUGAUGACCUGGACAUCUAGGAGUUUACACUUUUUGUUUUUUUUUUAUUUUUAUUUUUAAUAUCUUAUCAAAAUAUGCUCUCAAAAUGUUCUCAUUGAGUACUCUAAAUACUGUGAGUCUAGCUACAAGGAUGAAUUAAUGCUUUAACAAGAGAUUCAGCUCCACGUUGACUACAGUGAGAAGAAAUACAUUUGGGCAAUUCCAUGCAAAUGUACUGUGGUUGUGUUUUUGUUUUUUUGUUUUUUUUUGGGGGGGGGGCGUCCCCCCAAUGAAAGAAAUUUUAUAUAACUUUUACGUUGCCUCGUCAUUAUGCACAUUACUAUUCAAUUCUUCAGUUGUUUCAUACAACAGCUGUGAUCUCUACAACCUAUGAAGGAUCUACCAUGCUAGAUCUUCCUAAGUAAUGUAUAAACCAAAUCAAACGCAGGCCUUUAAAAUUAUAUAUAUAUAUUUAUUAUUAUUAUUAUUAUUAUUAUUAUUAUUAUUAUUAUUGUUGUUUUAAUAAAACUGGGUUAGCAGGGAUAAGCAGAACAUCAGUAUGAUCACUUUCAUUUCCGGCAUCCACAUCAGAAUUUUUGCUCUUAACAAAUGUCUUAACCCUUUACUGCAUGGUGUUGCCAUAUGGCAACCGUUCAUUUACGUUUUGAUAGGCGAUAAUAUAAAACUAGUAAUUUCCUAUGUAAGUGGAAAAAGGGGGGGUUUUAACUGUGAGACAACCCAAAAAAUCCAUGUCACAUGACCAGGAAGUGCUGUUUGCACUUCCUUUUCUGCAUUCAUGUGGCUUGGUGAAGGCUCUCAGAAUUUGAUAAAUUUUUUCAAUAUUUACGCAGAACUACUUGAAGGAAAAAAAUUGAAGCACAAACUGAGAAGUUAAUGUUUAUUUCUGUCAUUUAAACAAGUUUAAAUUUAAGUUUUUUUUUUUUUUUAAAGAUGUAAUUGUCGUCGUACGGCAACAACAUGCGAUAAUGGAACUGUGGUACAGUGUGUGGUAUGUGCAUUCAAGAAUUGAGGCUUCUUUAAUAGUAUAUUUACACUUUUUCACCUUGAAAGUAAGAAAAACUGGUGUAAUUUCAGACACUUUCGCAUUUGCACCUUUAAUUUCUAAGUGUUUU